AUGAUUAUCUCCCCACAGGACUUAUUCGCUCUCCAGCUUUGGUUGGUUAACGAUUAUGCUGUAUUGUCAGCGAACGAUACAUAUCCACUGUCUGAUGCGAGUGGUGCAGUUCUCUGGGUUGCCGACCUCAUUGCGACACUACCGACGGAAAUCCAGACUCUGUUCACCAGAACUUGCGCUAUGCUGGGCUACAUAGAGGAGAUGACUGUCAUCAUUUCAAUCGCUACGACUGGAAGUAAGCCCAAAACGUCCGCUUCUAUGGAGGUCGGUGUCAUUCAACAAAAAUCUGUUUCCACUGCUGGCACUUUGUAUUAUGUUUUAUCCCGCUGUACAUUCGUGAACGAGGAUCCAGCAUGGUUCGCAGCAUGCCUACAGCUAGUUGUUCCAGCUGUUGCGAUUGCAUUCGACAUUUUCAUUGUCACGCUUACACUCAUGAAAUGUGUUCGACACUUUCUUGAGAUGCGCACAGUCGGUCAAUUUAGUUUGACACGAUUGCUACUUCGCGACGUCUGGAGUAUGACCUGGAUGUUGCGCCGUUCUGCUCACGUUAUUUUGCCUAACAGAAUCAUGUUGACGAUCGGAGCUGUCUCAGUUGGGACUGGUAUCUUGUGGGUGGUAAUGCAUGUGCUCAUCCUUUUCCCCCCAUUACUCUCUCGCCAUUACUGA